UUUUAUUAUUAUUAGUGUUGUUGUUAUUAGUUUAGUUGUGCAUUAACUGGGUCGAGGACGGUGUUUUGCAACAGUCAGCGUUGGAAAUCCAGAGCGGUGGCGGGGCCUCCGGGCCGGGUUGCCAAAUGUUCGGGAGUGGGCAAUGAGGGUUGGAGCGUCAGCGCGGCCAGACAAGCGGUGACAGUUCCACUGGCAGCUCCCAGCAGCAGUUCGAACGCGUGAUCAUGUGCCCCAUCAGUUUGUUGUGAAAAGCCGUUGUCCCCGAUUGCGUUCAGUAGUUCGGGCUGCGCCAGCUCCUAGCCGCACUUUGUCCAGCGCCCCAUUGCCAUGCAGAAGCAGGAGGAGAAGAGCCGCAUGGUUUACCGCCUGGUGCUCACUGGAGGGCCGUGCGGCGGCAAGACCACGGGCCAAGCGCGACUGAGCACCUUCUUCGAGAACCUGGGCUGGAAGGUGUUCCGGGUGCCGGAGACCGCCUCGGUGCUGCUCAGUGGCGGCAUCAAGUUCACCGAUCUGAGCGAGGACGAGGGCGUGACCUUCCAGGAGAACCUGCUCAAGACGAUGCUGCAGGUGGAGGAGACGUUCUUCGAGCUGGGGCGCACCUGCAGGCGCAACUGCUUGAUCAUUUGCGACCGCGGCGCCAUGGACGCCUCCGCGUUUAUCUCGAAGGAGCGAUGGGAGAGCAUCAUGGCCGACAAUAGCUGGAACAACAUCGAGCUGCGCGACAACCGCUACAACCAGAUCAUCCACAUGGUGUCGGCGGCGAACGGCGCCGAAGACUACUACAGCACAGAGGACCACUCCUGUCGGUCGGAGGGCGUGGAGCUGGCGCGCGAGCUGGACAGCAAGGCGGCCGCCGCCUGGAUCGGCCACCCCUACUUCGACGUGAUCGACAACAGCACCGACUUCGAGGGCAAGAUCAGGCGCAUGAUUGGCUCGGUCUGCCACAAGAUCGGCCUGGACACGGGCGACCGCCUGCUGACCAACUCGAAGAAGCACAAGUUCCUGGUGGCGGGCCCCAUGCCGGACGACGCCCUCUUCCCGCCCUUCCAGGACUUCGAGGUGGUGCACAACUACCUGCAGUCGAACUCGCCGAACCAAGUGCGGCUGCGGAAGCGCGGCCAGAAGGGGUACUACAGCUACAUCCACACGGUGCGCCGCCAGAACCAGCCGGGCGGCCAGGUGAUCGAGGUGAAGACGCAGAUCAACCAUCGCGACUACAUCAACUUGCUGACGCAGAAGGACAACUCGCACUUCACCAUCUACAAGAAGCGGCGCUGCUUCAUCUUCGACAACCAGUACUUCCAGCUGGACAUCUACGAGCAGCCGAGUCACCCCAGAUGCCGGGGGCUGAUUCUGCUGGAGACCUACUCGACGCUGGACGACGCCCGGCUGCAGCGCAAGCUGCCCACCUUCCUCACCAUUGAGCGCGAGGUCACUGGCAGCGCCGACUACUCGAUGUACAAUCUGUCGCUGCGCGAGGACUGGAAAACCUCCAAGAAGUAUCUGCGCACCAACUUUGUCGGUCCAGAGGAUGCGGAGGGGCACGGCCCCAACCAGCUSAAGCUGAAGCUCAACGGGCACGGCGCCGCCCCCGGCCUGGCCGUGAACGGCGCCGCCUGAGCCCCCGGGCCUUCUCUAGUAUUUAGCAGCCGCGCUACCCACCAAAUACGUUGUUUCUGUUUGUUGUGCAAACCUGCCGAGUGUGCGAACGACUGCGUCGCGUGAACUUUCCCCAUUCUGUAUUGUUGUAAAUAGCCGGCAUUACCUUAACUUAAGUGAAGUGAGAUACUUAAUUGUCCCAGGACACUGGCACUGGUCCCAGCUGUACAUUCUAGGUUAGUUUAUUUAUCGUUAUUGUUCGACUAGGGCUAGGCUGAGUGGUGAAUUACACUUUAGUCACUAA